AUGUCGCUGUCGCUCGUCCUGCGUCGCUCGCCUCGCGCCAGUCGCUUCCUGGGCACUCGCUCUACUACUGCGUCGUUAUCGCCAUUUAGUUCCUCGUCUUCGUACACUUCUCCUGGACCCACGACGCACUUUGGUUUCCAGCAAGUACCGGAAGAAGACAAAGAGCGGAUGGUCGCGUCGGUCUUCCACAAUGUAGCCGAACGGUACGACAUCAUGAACGACCUCAUGAGCGGCGGGAUGCAUCGCGUGUGGAAGGACUCGUUUGUCGAUGCGCUGCACCCAGUGGGUCCCUUGAAGUGCCUGGACAUGGCUGGAGGCACUGGAGACAUUGCUUUCCGCAUUGCGGAGCAGCUAGCGAAGUCGACAGAAGGAACUGCAGGGUCACAGAUCACUGUGUGUGACAUCAACUCGUCUAUGCUCCAGGUGGGUGAGGAACGAGCAGCGAAAGUUUUGCCGCACGUGGACCAGUCGCUCUUUCGCUGGGUAGAAGGCAACGCUGAGCACUUGGACUUUGACGACGAUUCCUUCGACGUCUACACGAUUGUGUUUGGCAUUCGGAAUGUCACUCAUGUCGAUCGUGCGAUCAAAGAGGCGUUCAGAGUGCUGAAGCCGGGAGGUCGUUUUAUGUGCAUGGAGUUCAGUCAAGUGCCGAACUCGCUCCUCCGGCAGGUUUACGACACUUACUCGUUCAAUGUGAUCCCGUUGCUGGGCGAGAAAGUCGCCGACGACCGUGAAUCCUACCAGUAUCUCGUUGAGAGUAUCCGUCAGUUUCCGCCGCAGGAAGAGUUCAAAGCAAUGAUCGAGGAUGCUGGUUUCAAGCGCGUGACUUACACGAACUUAACAUUUGGUGUCACGGCAAUGCACUCUGGUUUCAAGUUCUAG